CCCUCUCCUUCGACCUUCCUCCCUCCCUCGGCACGCUUCUCCCCCGUUCCCCACCACCGCAACCGCGACCCGCCGGAUCAUCCCCUGCACCGCCCGCCGGCCAGAGCCAAUCGCGGUUCGAUCCGCCUCUGUGAGUGUGGAUUGGCUAAUGGUGGCGAACCAGGAGGCGUCGGCGGCAGAGUCAGCGCCGGUGGACGCGAUGCGGCUGGCGUCGCGGUGGCGGUCCCCGGCGGAGUGGGACGCCGCGGCGGCCGCGCUGGAGGCGGAGCCCGUGCCGUCCGAGCUCAACACCGCCAACAGCUCGGGCCUCUUCGCCGUCGUCUCCAUCGACAAGAUGUCCGUCAAGUACCUCGGCGCCAACAACCACGGCCACGACGUAGGGGUCGUGCAGGCGGACUGCCCCGCCCCCGCGCGCCGAGCCGUCUACUACUUCGAGAUGACCGUCAAGAAUGCUGGGCUCAAGGGGCAGACCUCCAUUGGGUUCACCACUGAGAGCUUCAAGAUGCGUCGACAGCCCGGCUGGGAAUCACAAAGUUGUGGAUACCAUGGCGAUGAUGGCUAUCUUUACCGGGGUCCAGGAAAAAGUGAGUCGUUCGGUCCCAAGUUCACAUCUGGUGAUAUAAUUGGCGCUGGCAUCAACUACAUAUCGCAAGAAUUGUUCUUCACAAAAAAUGGAUCUCUGGUUGGAAGCUUUCCAAAAGAUAUUAAAGGCCCACUAUAUCCUACUAUUGCGGUGCAUAGCCAGGAUGAAGAGUUGACUGUAAACUUUGGAAAAGAACAGUUCUGUUUUGACAUUGAGGGUUAUAUUCUUGAGGAGAAACUGAAACAACAAUCCGCUAGUGACAAAUUGUACUUGCAACCGGACAUCAGUCAUUGGAUUGUUCGAUCAUAUCUCCUACAUUAUGGUUACCAAGAUACAUUAAAUUCCUUUGAUAUGGCAAGUGAAACUGAUCCUCCAGCCAAUCAUCAAAAUGGUUAUGGGGAGCCUCCUGAAAUAUACGGUCUUAGCCACAGGAAAUUGUUACGCCAGCUUAUCAUGAAUGGGGAUAUCGAUUCUGCAUUCAAAAGACUUGAGGAGUGGUAUCCACAGGUCAUAAAGGACGAAACAUCAGUUAUUUGCUUCUUACUCCAUUCUCAAAGAUUCAUUGAAUACAUCAGGGGUGAGCACCUGGAGAAUGCUGUAAAAUACGCCCGUGCUAACCUGGCCAACUUCUUGACACACAAAGCUUUUGAGGGGUUGCUGAAGGAGAGUGUGGCCCUACUCGCGUAUGAGAAGCCUUCAGAAUCUUGCAUUGGAUAUUUGCUGGACUCUCCCCAGCGUGAAUUCGUGGCGGAUGCAGUGAAUGCUGCUGUCCUGUCGACGAACCCCAGCAUGAAGGACCCUGAGAGCUGCCUUUAUUCGUGCCUUGAGAAGUUACUGAGGCAGCUCACGGCAUGCAGCUCCGAGCUACGUGCGUUCAACAGCGAUCAAGGGGACGCAUUCUUACUUCAUAAAGAGAUGCAGACCUGUGAAAGAUCCAGGCGUCCCUAGGUGUCUAUUCGUGUCAAAUGGGCUUAUGAGCAGUGGACUCAGAAACGAGAGCCUCAUCAUUCUUGGAAGGAAGGAAUGAUGGCCUGGAACUGUGGACUACGCCAUGAGGAAACAUAUUCUUCCCUUUGAGGUACCCAGCCAAUCAGCCAUCCACAAGCUGAACGAGAGAUUUCACAGCGACAGUAGCUGAGGCAACUGAAUUUCCACUACUUCCUUCCGUGUAAUCAGAAAACCUAGUUUCUCUCAUGGCCUUAAGCCCUCCGUGUCUUCAUAAACUUUGGUUGGCUAUGUGCAGUUAGACAUUGUGAACAAAAGAUAUAUAGCUUGAAUAAUACUGUAAAUGAAAUAGCAUUUAACCUUCUUGUCCCGCUA